AAGAGGAAAGUCUGGAGUACUGGUGCUUCAUCUCUCUCCUGCAUGCACAGUAUUAGGAGGAGGAAGGGAAGCUGCCCCCGGUGAGGUGCCCCGGUGUGUCUUUGUGACUGUGGGCUUGUGCCAGGCGUUGGACCAUGACCUGGAGACUGGUGGCCACACUUGUCAUCCUGCUGGGGCUCAUCAGCAGCACCCAAUCCGCGGCUUGCAAUGGAUGUGGAACUAGCAAAUGUGACUGCAGUGGUGUUAAAGGACAAAAGGGUGAGAGAGGUCUCCCUGGUUUACCAGGCAUAAUAGGUUUUCCUGGAUUGCAAGGACCAGAGGGACCACCAGGGCCAUUGGGUCAUAAGGGUGACACAGGAGAACCAGGAUUUCCAGGAACAAAAGGAACCAGAGGUCCUGCUGGUUCACCGGGAUAUCCAGGAAACCCCGGCCUACCUGGUUUACCUGGACAAGAUGGCCCACCAGGUCCACCUGGAAUUCCAGGGUGUAAUGGCACAAAGGGUGAACAAGGACCUCUUGGUCCUCCUGGGCUUCCAGGUAUAGUUGGAUAUCCAGGACCUCCAGGAUUGCCAGGGAUGAAGGGAGACCCAGGUGAUGUGAUCGGAAUGAUGGGAUCCACUAUAAAAGGGGACAAGGGAUUUCCUGGGAUUAAUGGAUUGCCAGGUCCACCAGGUUUACCAGGGAUCCCUGGCCCUAUAGGUCCAUCUGGCCCACCAGGGCGUUUGGGUCCCCCAGGACCACCAGGGCAACCAGGACCAAAGGGAUCAAUGGGAAUAAGCUUUCAUGGACCAAAGGGUGAGAAAGGUGAUCACGGAGCUACUGGCCCUCCUGGACCACCAGGCCCAGCCCCACAUGGUCAAGACAGCAAAGGAAUAAUCAUAGUGUAUGGGGAAAAGGGAGAAAAGGGCAUUCCAGGUGAAAAAGGUGAACGUGGUGAUCCAGGUGAUCCUUUAUCCAGUAUCAAAGGUGAAAAGGGAGAACCUGGAAAGCCAGGACCAAGAGGGAAACCUGGAAAAGAUGGUGAUCAGGGAGAAAGGGGGCAUGAUGGAUUCCCAGGUGUACCAGGAUCUCCUGGACUCCGCGGUGAAGAUGGCGUAAAAGGAGAUAAAGGUGAUGUUGGCCCACAAGGACCUCCUGGAAUUGUGAUACAUGAUGGGCAGGAAACAGUUGUUGGAGAGAAAGGAGAGCCUGGCUUACCUGGUUAUCCUGGGCCCAAAGGAGAAAAGGGAUUUAUCGGUAUUAAAGGUAUUGCAGGAAAUCCCGGACCACCAGGCUUGAUUAUCCCUGGACCUACUGGAGCACCUGGUCUUACUGGUGAAAGGGGUGAAAAGGGUGAGCGUGGUUUACCAGGAUUACCUCUUGAGGGACCAAAAGGCAGAGAUGGACAACCUGGUCUUCCAGGUUUACCUGGACUUCCUGGCCCCAUAGAUCCCACUCAAGAAUGUUUACCUGGACUUCCUGGAGACGCAGGAUCUUCUGGUGAGCCUGGACUUCAGGGAUUCCAAGGAGAGAGGGGACAAAAAGGUGACAAAGGAGAUGCCUGUCCAACAUGCGAUACGAUUCCUCAAGGACUUCCUGGAGAUCCAGGUCCCCAAGGUCCUCCCGGAGAACAAGGUUUUCCUGGACAGCCAGGAAUCAAAGGAGAUAGGGGUCCACCUGGUUUUGAUGGGCUACCCGGAGCACCAGGACUUCAGGGUAUUCCAGGUCUGAGGGGCAGCCCUGGAGCAAAAGGAGAACCCGGUGAAGUACAUUUUGAAUCAAGACUGAAAGGAGAUAAAGGAGAUCCUGGAAUUCCAGGACAGCCAGGGACUCCUGGAAGAGAGGGAAGGCCAGGGAGAGAUGGUCAGCAUGGGCCACCUGGUCCCAAAGGUGUAUCGGGAACAUUUGGGGCCAAAGGGGAACGUGGACCUCCUGGGGAUGUUGGAUUUCCUGGACCAUCUGGUGAACGAGGCUUCCCAGGACUUCCAGGAGUUGGGCCAGCAGGUCAACCUGGGGAAAAAGGGGACCAAGGAGUACCUGGAUUUGUAGGCAUUCCAGGUCAUCAAGGAAAUAAGGGAGAACCUGGAAGAGUCAUUUUGAAAACAGGAACACCAGGGCCAAUGGGAAAUGCAGGCUCCCCUGGUUUGCCAGGAGACCAAGGUGAAAAGGGAUCUCCUGGACUUCCUGGAAGACUGGGUUUUCCAGGCGAAAAGGGUGAACCUGGUCUACCUGGUGUCUCAUAUCCUGGGCCUCCUGGUGCAAAGGGUCACCAGGGAAUGCCGGGACCUCCAGGACUGGAUGGUAUUCCUGGUCAAAAAGGCUUAGAUGGCAUACCUGGCAUACAGGGACCACCCGGACAAAAAGGUGAGCCAGGAUUUGGUCUUCCAGGGCAAAAAGGCCUACCGGGUGCACCUGGGCCAGCUGGGUUUACUGGAGAAAAAGGAAAUCAAGGACCUCCCGGUAUUCCAGGAGAGCAAGGUUUACCUGGUGUUCCUGGCUAUUUGGGAGUUAAAGGUGAACCUGGACCUGCUGGAGCACCUGGUGUACCAGGACCCCCUGGUGUCCCAGGAAUGGGUCCACAAGGUCAACCAGGACUACAAGGGCCACAAGGACCACCAGGAUUACCAGGACCUGGUGGGACUAAAGGAGAUAGAGGUUUUCCUGGUUACCCUGGGACAGAUAUGCCUGGACCAAAGGGAGACAAAGGAAGCAGCGGCAUCCCCGGGCCCACAGGCGCGACAGGAACAGCUGGCCUACCGGGCCUACCAGGGAAAGAGGGCUUUCCAGGACUUCCUGGACAAAAAGGAGAAAUGGGAGUGAUGGGAACACCAGGAACUGUUGGCUCACCAGGAUCACCUGGGAAUCCAGGGCAACCAGGAGAAAAGGGUGACCCUGGUCCAGUUGGCUUCCCCGGAUUGUCUGGUUCUCCAGGACUAAAAGGUCAAAAGGGAGAAGAAGGAUUACCUGGCCCCCCGGGUUCCAUGAAAGACAUAGAUAUGGAAAGCAUGAAGGGUGAUAAGGGCGAGCAAGGAGAAAGAGGAUAUCCUGGAACUGAAGGGCAAAAGGGAUCUCAGGGUGACUUUGGAGUCCCAGGAAUGCCUGGAAAAGAUGGAGAACAAGGAAUGCCUGGAAAACCAGGACCAAAAGGUGAAAAAGGUUUUCAUGGACUAGCAGGAUCUCCAGGAAGUCCAGGCCUAAAAGGAGCAAUGGGUGAAAUGGGUUUGCCAGGGCCUACUGGACAGAAAGGGGAACAUGGCAUUCCAGGGACUCCAGGAGUCAAGGGUUCUGAGGGUGUCAAAGGCGAAAAGGGAUUAAAAGGUGAAGUUGGACUUCCAGGUAUUGGCUUCCCAGGGGCUCCAGGUUUCAAGGGUGAUCAUGGAAGAGAGGGUCAUCCAGGUUUGCCAGGUGAAAGGGGAGAAAAAGGUGACUUGGGCCUUCCAGGAAUGCCUGGUUUACCAGGUUCUGUUGGCUCCCCAGGGGCGCCGGGUUUUACAGGUAGUCCAGGACUUGCUGGAGAAAAGGGUGCCAAAGGGCAUUCUGGAUUUGAUGGAGUUCCUGGGCAAAAAGGACAACCAGGUGAGCCUGGUAUCCAGGGCCCUCCUGGUUCCAUUGGUGAGAAGGGUGAACGUGGCUAUGAUGGUAUCCCAGGGUCCCCUGGUGAGAAGGGUGAUGCAGGAUUACCUGGCAGAGGCCUUCCUGGAUAUCCAGGAGCAUCUGGGGAGAAAGGUGCUAAAGGUGAUAUUGGAUUUCCUGGCUCACCUGGAAGUCCUGGUGUUCCUGGAAUCAAAGGUGACCAAGGAUUCCCUGGAAGUCAGGGCAUUCAAGGACCACCAGGUUUCCCUGGUCCACAAGGAAUUGCUAUGGAAGGACCUAAAGGUGAAAAAGGACAACAUGGUCAGACAGGAUUCCCAGGUCUUCCCGGACCUGUAGGCAUCCCUGGCAUACCUGGACAGGAUGGGCAAAAAGGAGAAAAGGGAGACAGAGGAUGGCCUGGAGCUCCUGGUGUUCAAGGGAUUAAAGGAGAUGUUGGAAUUCAAGGACUUCCUGGUGAUGCAGGUGUUCCAGGUAUAACUGGUCAGAAGGGUGAUGCAGGUUCUCCAGGCAUUCCAGGAUUUCCAGGUUUAAAAGGUACAAUGGGUCCAAGCGGAGAGAAGGGAGAGAGCGGCGAAAGAGGGGAGCGUGGACAACAAGGUAUACAGGGCCCUCCCGGUCCCGCUGGCCAAUUCCAGGUAUUUAAAGGAGAACCUGGUGCUCCUGGACCACAGGGCCCAUCUGGUCCAAAGGGAUUUCCUGGAUUUCCUGGGCCCAAAGGAGAUCAAGGACAAAUAGGAGCAGUUGGUUUGCCUGGACCAAAAGGUGUAGAUGGGUUAGAUGGCAUUCCAGGACAGAAAGGAGAGGUUGGACCCACUGGACCAACUGGCCCAAGAGGAUAUCCUGGUCCACCAGGUUCUGAAGGUUUGCCGGGGCCAGUUGGCUUACCGGGAGCCCCCUCCAUGGCUCAUGGCUUUCUUGUUACAAGACACAGUCAGGCAGUUGAAGUACCCACAUGUCCCACAGGAACACAACCCGUCUACACGGGCUACUCACUCCUCUAUGUACAAGGGAAUGAAAGAGCUCAUGGCCAGGAUUUGGGUGCUGCUGGAAGCUGCAUGCGCAAAUUUAGCACCAUGCCUUUCUUGUUCUGUAACAUUAAUAAUGUAUGCAACUUUGCAUCAAGAAAUGACUAUUCCUAUUGGCUUUCCACCCCUGAACCGAUGCCAAUGAGCAUGGCUCCUGUCACAGGGGAGGAAAUCAAGCCUUUCAUCAGUAGGUGUUCCGUCUGUGAGGCACCAGCUAUGGUGAUGGCAGUUCACAGUCAAACAAUUCAGAUACCCCCAUGCCCAGAUGGCUGGAUAUCACUAUGGAUGGGAUAUUCAUUUGUAAUGCAAACCAGUGCUGGUGCUGAAGGUUCUGGCCAAGCUUUGGCUUCACCGGGAUCAUGCCUUGAAGAUUUCCGCAGUGUGCCAUUCAUAGAGUGCCACGGCCGUGGAACCUGCAAUUAUUAUGCCAACACAUAUAGCUUCUGGCUUGCAACAAUCGAAAGAAAUGAGAUGUUCAAAAAACCAAACCCAUCAACACUAAAGGCUGGAGAUCUACGCACAUAUGUCAGCCGUUGCCAAGUCUGUAUGAGAAGGACUUAAUGACAAAUAAUAUUUCCAAUGGUGCUAAUAGUUUAACAUAAAAAUCCUACAAAUACUAUAUCCAUGUACCUCACUAUUGUAAAAUAAGAAAACAGUAAAGUGCGUUAUGGGACCUGGCAUUACUAACUCUGCUCUACUGGUUCUUGCUCACUCAAGGAAGAAAGCCAAUCAAGACAAGCUUCAGCUCUGGCAAAAUGGCACUUUUCUCAGAAUAAACUACAUAGCGUAUAAGAUAUAAAUAAUGCACUGAUGCUAUAUUACCUAAUUCAUAAGGUGCUAGGAGAAAUGCAGUACCUUAUGCUGUUGACUCCUCUUAUUCUUGUAUAAUAAUUUUAGAUACUGUCUCAGAAAUAUAAAUAUUUGUUCAAAUCAUUGUAUAA